AUGGACGGGGCGAAGCGGGUGAUUGUCAUCGUGGAGGGAUCGACCCCACCGGUGGCGAAUGAAAAGGGGAUAAUACCUCGUGAGGGCGGGCUGAGCGUGCAAAAGGAAGCCAGUUAUGCCAUCGCUAAGGAAUCCAUUGAAGAGGGGGACGAGAAAAUGUCAACCAAACCCUCAGAGAUCAUUAAUGAUAAUAAAACGAAUGUGCCACCUACUGAACUCCAUACUAUUCAACAAACGAAGGACGCGAAAACUCUACUACAUAAUGAUAGACUAGAAGCAGCGCUGGCUGCCCCUAUAACUAAUGCCAUAGUCAAGAAGACAAAGUCCACCAACGCAUCCGGCACCGUGGUAAAGAAGGGAGCUGUCCAAAAGCGUGUCAAAGCAUCACCAAAGCCACUCAAAGGGGCUUCGAACGAAGCCUGCAUUACCGCAGUGAAAGUUGACCCUUUGAUUCAAGAACUCCGCGCACAGCGAAAUAAGCCACAUGGUGAGGGCAAGCCAAGCGAAUUUCCUAGGGCCGCUACCGAUACUAACCCAAGCGACGUCUUACUUCAGAACGAAGGGGCGAGAGCGCCACAAACGCAAGGAAACGUGAAUGAUAUCCAUGAGGAGAUCAGUAAGCUUUUGUUAGAUUAUUGCUGGAGCGGGGCAGCACCUGAAAAGGCGGAUGGCUCUAUGGAGCACCAGGCACUCCUUACCAACAAUAAAUCACCUCUUGAAAAUGCCCCAGAAGGCAACGGACUCCCCCCAAAAGAGGAGGCGAACGUGAAAGCCGGAGCAACAAGCGAGGAUGUCAAUGCCGAGAGGAACAAUCCCGAGAUGUUGCUGUACAAUCGUGUGAUCCAACUUUGCCAGCGAGAUGACAUAACACCAACGAUCUUAGAGGUUCUUUAUGAGCUCAUUAAGCACACGCGCGUGAUUAAAUUCCCGCCGGCGUCUACGGCUGGGAGGGGUGGGGACCCGGAUCCGGAAGUCCCCAGUCCGGAUGCGAGUAAUAGCGCGCGGGAUAACGUCAAACUGAAACAGCGGCAAUACGCCCAACAGGUGAUUCUAGUUUUGAUUAAUCAAAUCCGCCAGCAGCGGCUAAACACGGAGUACCGCCAACAGCUCCUACACGAUCAGAAGCAACUUGCAGCCGGGAAGUGUGGUGGGGGAGUGGGCCUUGUGGCGCACGGGUUAUCCUCUUUGGCCAGUCCUUUUUCUGGUAGUAUCCCCCACAACCAGCCUCAGAAGACUCUUUUUAUUACGCAGGGGGAGAAUCGCGGGGGUUCGUCGCUCAACCCCGCCGCGGCGGCCUUCUGGAUCCCACCAACCGCCCUGUCGACGUUUGUGGGUCAGGCGACGUGGGCAAAUUUGACCACGCCGCCGCCGUGCGCCCCCCAGACGACGCCGAUGAAUCCUUAUGCCACGCCGUUCGUUGCGAAGUGCACGCCGCCGAAAACAACGGACACCGCACCUCCGAUCCCUUGCACAUUUCCUUUGAAUGAGAAUUUGGUUUCCCUGCUCGAGAACUUUAAGGAACGUCUCCUGAGCUGGACCGCCGCGGUGCCCCCGGCCACCGUUAACAUCACCUCGCAGGAGCGCCAGACGCUGAUAGGGAUGCAGGAAAGUUUUAAAAGGGCAAUUGUGGGGGUGACAUCGCCCUCGCCACGGCAACCCCCCAGCGCGGCUGAGGAGAAGGUCUCCCUUAAAAGUGGUACCAACAGCAAGCACAACACCUGGUCAUUUGUUGCUUUCGAUUCGGGUGAUGAGAUGAACCCCACCGCCGUUAAUGUACAUCCUUGGCAAGGGAUCCUACGGGGCGAUAACGUGGGUGUGAAUCUGCCGCAAUUUAGUGAUUCAGACGCUCAGGCAAAACCUCGAUACCCCCCUGGACUCCAUCGUACUGUGUUCACAUACAAAACCGUUCAGGUAUCAUCAACAGAUGAAAACAGUCCGUCGGUGUGGUCUCACUCCGAAAACAACACCCUGAUGGAUUCACACCCUGCUUUGGCUCCCAAUAACCAUCCGAACGUGGCUUUAUCAGGGCCCAAGUCAGGCCUCCAAUUUGAGCACGAUGCGCAGAAAGAUCUGGCUGCGCAGAGCUCGUUUAACUUCAACGCUAAACCGUUUAUUCCGUGCGGUAGGAAUGACCAAGCAAUUCAUGUCAUGAAGGGCAUGAAUGUCAAUGCUCCUUCAUUCACACCGGCCUCACUGGCGACCACAAAUUCAUCAAAUAUGGUCUAA